CUUCACUCUUAAACCUUGGCCAGAUACUUAUUCUUCAAUUCACGAUAUCAUGCGGCUGGAUCUGAUAAAACAAAUGACGUGCAUGAAUAGUACUUAUCCUAUCAAUCAGGUCAUGUGUCGCUCCGGUCGAUCAACAACAUUUGCCAAAGUUUCCGUGUCACACUGUCUCAGAUUUUCAGCUCGGAAAUUCCUCAUGGCGCACUAUUAAAUAGCAAGAAUCGCACAUCUACUUUCCUUUCUGGUGCUUUUAAAACCCUCUCGCAAGAUAUUGUGUUGGAAUUUUCAUUGUACUUUUCUUAAUGUAGAGUAGCAUAGCGAGCUAAACUCAGCUAUCUGUUCAUCUUGUACACAAUUGAUAGCGCUGGCGUUUUCUUUGGUGACUAGAUGGUUUUUGGGUAGAGUGGGAGAUUGGUCGUGUUGAUACGUAGUAAACUAGCAAAUUCCCAUAAUGUUUGGAUCUCAAAGUCUCGAUUGUACAUGUAAAAUACAAUUUUAUGUUUAGGCGGAAAAUAGUGACACGAUGCCAUUUUCAUUUCUUACUCACCGCUUGAAAUCCAAGGCCUCGAAUGUGAAAAAUGAAACGGAUGAGCAGUUGAAUCGAAACCAGAGUUCGUCUCGUAACGACGAAAAGUCCCACUCGGCUACGAUCAGUACUCCAGUACCCUUCAUAUCCCCUUCCCCGAGUUCCUCUCUCGAUCCAAACUUACCUCUUCCUUUCCCCAUCCAUUCAAUUUCAUCUCCUGCAUCCCUCUCUCCCGACCCUGAGAAAUCUGCAGAACCAUCGAUCAAUAUCUCGUUAAAUUCACCUUAUCCGCAAGUGCGCGCCGCGGUGCGUAAUACAGGUAUGCGAUAUUUAUAUUCAAGCUUGGGCAAACUUAAAGCUAAAGCAUAAUAUAGAUGAUGCGUCGCUUCCCUGCAACACGAUUCGAGCUUGGUGUAUUGGGUUGGUACUUACGACUGUGGGGGCGGGGAUUAAUUGUUUGUUUAGUUUGAGGAGUCCCAGUAUUGCUAUUACUACUGUUGUGAGUAUCUUCCUUUGAAUUAGAUAGACUUUUACCAGCGCCGGAGUGAAAUACGUAUACGUUAACUCCCUCCGGGAUUGAUCAUUCCGUGAAAAUACCUCUACUAAUUCACAUCUUACACAACAGUGCGUCCAACUAAUCGCCUGGCCCCUAGGCAAAGGAUGGGAUCUUCUCCUACCCAACUGGAGCUGGGACCUUCAUUUCUGGUUCUGCGGCCCCAGAACAUGGAAAAUUAUAUUAAAGGAGGGAAAGUGGAACAUGAAGGAACAUACUAUUGUUGUGGUGAUGGCUAAUGCAGGGUAUGCUGGUGCUUCGAUUUAUGCUACCGAUAUACUUAUUUCGCAGGAAGUGUUUUAUGGGCAGAAAUUUGGGUAUGUUUCUUUCUAGUAUUCUGUUUACUUGUAACAUUUUGAAAGAGGAGGAGUAAGAUGUGGAUGAGAAGUUGAAGUUGAGCUAACUGGUGUGUGGGAUAGAUGGGCUUUCCAAUUACUUUUCGCAGUCACGAAUCAAAUGCUGGGUUUUGGUUUGGCGGGUGUGUGUCGGAGGUGGUUGGUUUGGCCUGCGGCGAUGAUUUGGCCGAGUGAUUUGGUUAAUUGUGCGUUGAUGUAUGCGUAAGUUUGUUAUUUUCUCUGCAAUUGCUUUGGAAAGUUCCUCGAUGCACAAAAGAAGAUAUGUGUAUCUCCAAUGACGAGAAUUGGUAUAUGAGUAUAUGUGCUAAUUUCCUCUCAUUUGUAUGGACCACAGUUUGCAUGACCAUAGUCCGUCGAACCCAGCUGAAACAAAUGGUUGGAGUAUCUCGAAAUAUAAAUGGUUUAUGUAUAUCAUGAGUGGUAUAUUCUCCUUUCUAAUCAAAUUACUAAUCUGAUGGCUACUUAUUUAUAUUUAUUCCGCCAGGUUCAUUCAUAUGGUAUUUUUUCCCCGGCUGGAUCUUCCAAGGCCUCUCAUAUUUCACAUUUGCCUGCUGGAUAGCACCGAAAAAUCCCGUUGUCAAUCAACUCUUCGGUGGUGUUACGGGUUUGGGUUUAAUUCCUAUUACAUUCGAUUGGACUGUUGUUUCUGGAUAUUUGUAUUCGCCCUUAAUACCGUGAGUGAACUUCCCUUAAACAAGAUUGAACGAUACAUCUGCAGUAUCAAAACGAUGUAAAAGCCUCGACUCUUUCUAAAUGUAUAAUAGUCCCUGGUAUGCUAUCGCCAAUACCUUAAUCGGUCUAUUUAUUUUCGUCAUCAUUAGCUCGCUAGGUGUUCAUUAUACCGGAACAUGGUAUGCGGAUUAUCUCCCCAUGAGCGAUUCACAUAGCUAUGAUAAUACGGGGAAACCAUAUAAUGUCAGUCGAAUUCUCGAUGCGAAUCUAGAAUUUAGUGAAGAGUUGUAUAGGAAAUAUUCGCCGGUUUUUUUGUCAACCGGUUUUGCGUUGAAUUAUGGUAAGUUCUCAGAUGUCUAUUUAGUAUGUUUAUGCAUUUUGAAUAUAUGGUUACUAAUGGGGUUCUGUUUGUUAUAGGAUUUUCUUUCGCGGCUAUUAGUAGUGUUAUUGUCCAUACUAUAUUGUGAGUCGAAUUAACGAGAUGAGUUGCGGGAGACAUCUAGGAAACUGAUUGAUUUCGUGGUAGAUAUGAAGGCAAAACCAUUUGGAGACAAUGGAAACAAGCUCAAAAUCAAGAAGAUGAUAUUCACAUGAAACUCAUGAAGAAAUAUAAAGAUGCACCAGAUUGGUAUUUGCGCUUUCCAUGCUUGCUGUAUUUCGUAUCAUUACGCAUAAAUAUACCAAUGCUGAUGAAUUUAUAUAGGUGGUACAUCACUCUUGGACUUAUCAUGCUCGCACUGUCUUUCGUCGUUAUUCUUUUCUGGGAUACUCAUUUAACAUGGUGGGCUUUUAUCGUUUGUAUUGCUAUUCCUCUCAUCUGGACAGUACCUAUUGGUAUUAUAUUCGCCACGACCAAUAUUCAAAUUGGAUUAAAUGUUUUUACAGAAUUCGUGAUUGGAUAUAUGUUACCCGGACGUCCAGUAGCAUUGAUGUUAUUUAAGGCCUAUGGUUAGUUUCUAUUUUCUGUCAUUCGUUUCCCAACCAUAUGGUGGAUAGCAUCUUGUGUUCAUGGUAUCCGAUGUACACUUUAAUAAUAAUGUAGGCUAUAUAACUAUGACCCAAGCCCAGUUCUUCCUGCAAGAUCUGAAACUAGGUCAUUAUCUCAAAAUUCCUCCUAGAACAAUGUUCGUCGCGCAGUGUGUAGCUGCUUUCUGGUCAUCUAUUGUACAAAUAGCUGUAAUGAACUGGGCAAUCUCGCAUAUUCCAGAGUUAGUACUUAUCCUAAAACGAUCGAUGACUCCCUUUUUCUUUCCUAAGCUCGUGAAUCAACAAGAAGUGCAGCUAACCACGCCAAUAGGAUCUGCACACCUCUCCAACCGAACUCUUAUACCUGCCCCGGCCCUUCCGCGUUCUUCACUACGAGUAUAAUCUGGGGCGUCAUUGGUCCCUCGCGUAUUUUCUCGUCGCCAGAAUCAUACUACCAACCUCUGCUUUAUUAUUUCCUGCUCGGAGCUCUCCUACCCAUUCUCACUUACAUCCUAAGUCGAGCAUACCCUCGUUCUUCAUUCAAAUACCUUAUCAUUCCCGUUAUGUUUGGAGGAUUACAACUCAUACCUCCUGCUACUGGGUAUGAUUAUCUAUGUUGGGGAUUUGUAGGAUUUAUUUUCCAGUAUUGGAUUAGGAGGAGAUGGAGGGGUUGGUGGGAAGGUUAUGUAUGUCUCCCGAUUUAUUAUUCUAGGUUUUAUUUGGGAAUGGGACGGACGGGACCGAUGGUGUUAAACAAUGUGUGAAUACUAACUAAUAUUUGAACUAUAGAACUAUGUAACCUCAGCUGCGCUAGACACUGGUCUAAUACUCUGCACCCUUCUCAUCUUCUUCACAUUAGAACUCACCAAUGCUAAACCACCCCAAGUAAGCUUUUAGUCACCAUUACACCUCUCAGAUACAUUGUUAUACCAGACCGAUACUUAUCUCAUCUAUCCCAAUGCUUGAAUACUAACAGAAAUUCAGUGGUUCGGAAAUAUAGAUGUAUUCCAAACAAUGGACAUGACAGGUACCGCAGUGCGAAAAGUACUUCCUGAAGGAGAGACGUUUGGCCCGAAGACUUGGUCUUGAUGAGUGAUGUACAGGAUUGGAUAGAGCUGGGGUGAUGGGAUAGAAUAGAGCUGGAGGAAUAGAGAAGACGAAAGGUAAACUAUGAAGCUGUGAGAGAAAAAAGACGUUCAUUACGUUUCUGUAUUUUCAAUGUGAGAUAUCUGGAACCUUGAAGCAUAUUGCUCAAUAAAGCGUUUCCAAUCAUAAUGACAUAUGAGAGAAAUUACUUAGUAAAAUUGUAAGAGUUACCAAUUACCCAGCAUUAG